AUGGUUGGCGUUAGUGAAGCUGUUUUGCGAAGAUUUCUACCAUCCAUCUUCGGAUGUCUGUUUCUAUUACAGAUAGCACAAUACAUUCCAACCGCGUCAGCCGAAGGCCAUUGCGUGUGGUAUGGCGUGUGUGCGAAGGCUACGGACUACAAAAAAAUGAACUGCUACUACGAUGGUCCAGCGAAGCCUAUUGAAGACAGCGCGAAGUCGCUCAUAGAGAAGUACUGUCCGCAUAUAGCGGCAGGCGGCAGCUCCUGCUGUGACACGGAGCAGUUAAAUAACUUAGAUGAGAAGAUCAAGCCGGUGAUGAUCCUGGCGAGGUGUCCCGCGUGUUUAGAGAACUUCCUCAAACACAUAUGCGGGAUGACCUGCGCGCCUAACCAAAGCGAAUUUUUAAAACCUACAAUAGGCCCAUUCAAUUCAACACACCAAAAAGUAACCCAGUUGGAUUAUCACCUCGGUGCAACUUACAUGAACACAACGUUUGACUCGUGCCGUAGUGUGCAAAUGCCUUCCACAAAUCAGCAAGCGUUAGACGUGCUGUGCGGGAGUGAUGGUGCCGAGUUUUGCACACCACAGAAGUGGUUCGACUUCAUGGGCGACGUGAACGUGCCCGCUGUGCCCUUCCAAAUAAACUAUCUGAGUGGGGAUGAGCCGGUGGACGGGUUCAUACCCUACAACCCCUCUACAAGGGCAUGUAAUGUUGGUACUGAGGGGCAGCCGGGCUGCUCGUGCAUGGACUGCGAGGCGUCGUGCCCCGCGCCGCCGCCGUCGCCGCCGCCGCCGCAGCCCUUCACCAUCCACGGCGCGGACGGGUACGCGGUCAUCAUGGCCAUCGUCUUCCUCAUAUUCACCACGCUCUUCCUCAGUGGCGUCUACUGCUGUAACCAGCAGGAGAAUGUCGUCGACGGGUGGGCGCGCGCGGCCGAGGCGCGACGCGGCGGGCCCGAGACCAGUCCGCUGCACAGCCAUCGCUCUAGUGUUGCUUCCGAGAACAAUCAAGAGAUGGCGACUAACCCUACGUCGGCGGGAUGGUCGGUGGAGGCGGCGGACGGCGCGGAGGAGGGCACGUUCUUUGAGAAGCUGGGGGCUGAGACGGAGACCAAACUAGAGGACUUUUUCCAAUGGUGGGGGUGCAUGAUGGCAUCCAAGCCUUGGGUCGUGCUCUUUAUUGGGUUCUGUGUAAUAAUCGGUCUUGGUCACGGUAUUAGAUACGUAGAAGUGACGACAAAUCCUGUAGAACUGUGGGCGGCGCCCAACUCACGCUCGCGCCUUGAAAGGGACUACUUUGACUCCCACUUCGAGCCCUUCUACAGGACUGAGAUGUUGAUAAUUAGCGCCAAAGGGCUUCCAGACGUAGAGUACACGGCACCUGAUGAAACUGUUAUGUCGUUUGGACCUGUCUUCAAUUCUUCCUUCCUUUUGACUGUUCUUGAUCUGCAGAAUAGAAUUAUGAACCUAGGCAACGAAACAAAGAUCCAGGACAUAUGCUUCGCGCCGCUGUCGUCCCAGUUCAGCGGGCCGCCGACCGCCGACCGCUGCGCCGUGCAGUCCAUAUGGGGCUGGUGGGAGAACGACCCCGACCAGGUCACCGACGACCUGGAGGACAACGCCUACCUCAGCCGAGUGCUCACCUGUGCUCACAACCCGUACAUGUGCCUGUCGGUGUGGGGCGGGCCCGUGCUGCCGGGCGUGGCGCUGGGCGGCUUCCUGGCGCCGGGCGAGCCGCUCACGCAGCAGUCGCGCUUCCACCGCGCCGACGCCCUCAUACUCACCUUCCUCGUCAACAACCACCAUGACAAGAAUAAGCUAAAACCGGCGCUCGAAUGGGAGAAAAUAUUCAUAGAAUUCAUGAAGAACUACACAGCUAACGAGAUGCCGUCGUACAUGGAUAUAGCUUACACAUCGGAGCGCUCCAUAGAGGACGAGCUGGACCGCGAGUCACGCUCAGACGUGUCCACCAUCUUGGUUUCUUACUUCAUCAUGUUCGCGUACAUCGCCAUCUCCCUGGGGAGGUAUACGACCUUCUCGAGGCUGCUCAUCGAUAGUAAAGUCACACUCGGCUUGGGAGGUGUACUAAUAGUGUUGGCGUCAGUGGUCUGCUCGAUCGGCAUAUUCGGUUUCUGCGGCGUGGCGGCCACGCUUAUCAUCGUGGAGGUGAUCCCCUUCUUGGUGCUGGCGGUGGGCGUCGACAAUAUCUUCAUCCUGGUGCAGACCAGCCAGCGCGAGCCGCGGCGACCAGACGAGACCGUGCCACAGCAUAUUGGCAGAACUCUAGGCCAAGUAGGUCCAUCGAUGUUCCUUACGUCUGUGUCGGAGUCAGUGUGUUUCUUCCUGGGCGCGCUCAGCGACAUGCCGGCAGUGCGCGCGUUCGCGCUAUACGCGGGCGCCGCGCUGCUGGUAGACUUCCUGCUGCAGGUCACAUGCUUCGUCGCACUGCUGGCUCUGGACACCAGGCGGCAGAAUGAUAAUAGAUUCGACGUGUUCUGCUGCGUGUCGGGCACGAAGGCGGAGGGUGCGGGCGCGGGUGCGGGCGACGGCGCGCUCUACAACCUGUUCCGCUGCGUGUACGUGCCCUUCCUCAUGCGCCGCGAGGUGCGCGCCGCCGUCAUGAUCGUAUUCUUCGCCUGGCUCUGCUCAUCGGUCGCUGUCGCCCCCCACAUAGACAUAGGUCUAGACCAGGAACUAUCAAUGCCCCAGGACAGCUUCCAGCUUAAGUACUUCCAGCACCUGAACAAGUACCUCAACAUCGGGCCGCCGGUGUACUUCGUGGUGACGGACGAGCUGGACUAUUCGGAUAGGGAUGUGCAGAAUUUGGUCUGUGGCACUCGCUUCUGUAGGCCCGACAGUGUUGCCAUGCAAUUAUAUUCUGCAUACAAAAUGUCCAACGUGACGUACAUAGCGCAAGCGCCGAACUCGUGGCUGGACGAUUUCUUCGACUGGGCGGCGUUGCGUUCAUGCUGCAAAUACUUCCCGAGCAACUCUAGUUUCUGUCCAAAUGAUUAUUCCUCAUCAUGCGAAAGAUGUAACAUAUCUCUAUUAGAGCCAGAAGGGCGGCCGAGUGCGGCGGACUUCCAGCAUUACGUGCCUUUCUACCUCCAAGACAAUCCCAGUCUGAACUGUGUGAAGGGCGGUCACGCGGCCUACGGGCACGCGGUCAACUACAAUAUGUAUAACCGAAGUCAGGCCAAGAUUGGCGCUACUUAUUAUCAGGGUUACCACACGGUGUUGAAGACCAGCUCGGACUACUACUCUGCGCUGCGCGCGGCGCGCGUGGUGGCCGCCAACCUCACGGAGACGCUGCAGCGGGCGCUGCGCGAGGCCGGCAAGCCUGCCAGCCCCACGGUCUUCCCGUACUCGGUCUUCUACGUCUUCUACGAGCAGUACCUCACCAUGUGGCCGGACACACUCAAGUCCAUGGGCAUCUCUGUUCUAUCUAUAUUCAUUGUCACUUUUGUGCUGAUGGGUUUCGAUUUGUUCUCCGCUUUGGUGGUAGUGAUAACGAUCACAAUGAUAGUGGUAAAUCUUGGAGGUCUCAUGUACUGGUGGAACAUUAGUUUGAAUGCAGUAUCGUUAGUUAAUUUGGUGAUGGCGGUGGGCAUAGCGGUGGAGUUCUGCUCGCACCUGGUGCACUCGUUCAGCGUGAGCGGCGGCGGCGGGCGCGUGGCGCGCGCCUCGCACGCGCUCACCACCAUGGGCUCCUCCGUGCUCUCCGGCAUCACGCUCACCAAGUUCGGCGGCAUCAUCGUGCUCGGCACCGCCAACAGCCAGAUAUUCCAGGUGUUCUACUUCCGUAUGUACCUGGGCAUAGUGCUGAUCGGCGCCGCCCACGGCCUCAUCUUCCUGCCGGUCAUGCUCAGUUAUAUAGGGUCCCCCGUCAACAAGCAGAAGCUCGCGCGCCAACUGCUGCGCGGGAAGGAGGCGGUCGCCGAGACGUCCCUCACGCGAGUACGCCUA